AUGGCUGCAAAGGAAGCAAGUAAGAAUUCACCAAAGGGUGAAAGCAAAGCAACUGCUCAACAGAAGUCUCGAGGUACUAGGCAGCUCAAGAAAGAGGUGGUCGAUCUCAGGACCCUCCUCAUCCACUGUGCACAGGCUGUGGCAGCUGAUGACCGUCUGUUGGCCAGUGAGCUCAUCAAGAAGAUAAGACAACACUCCUCAAGAGAUGGAGAGUGUUGCCAGAGACUGGCAUUUUACUUCGUGAAUGGCCUUGAGGCACGCCUGGCUGGGACAGGGAGCCAGUUGUUCCACAAGAUGCUGGCGAAGCGGAUAAGCGAAGACGACGUGUUGAAGGUCUACAACUUUUAUCUUACAGUUUGCCCUUUCAACAGGGCAUCAUACACCUUCGCUAACCAAACUUUUAUGGAAACGUCAGCGGGCCACUCCAGGGUGCACAUCGUCGAUUUUGGUGUCUGCACUGGUUUUCAAUGGCCAUCACUGAUUCAGCUUUUCGGUGAGCAAGGAGUGCCUCCAAGGCUUCGGAUUACAGGUAUAGAAGUGCCACGGCCAGGUUUCAGCCCCUUGGAGAAUAUUGAGCGGGCAGGGAAGCUGUUGGCUGACUAUGCAAACAUGUACAAGGUACCCUUUCAGUAUCAGGGCAUUUACUCACGAUAUGAAGAUAUUCAGAUCGAAGAUCUUAACAUUGACGAGGAUGAAGUGCUUAUAAUCAACUGCAUGUACCAGAUGAAGAACCUCGGCGAUGAGACAGUAGCCAUGAAUAGCGCAAGGGAUAGGGUACUGAAGAUCAUGAGGAGGAUGAACCCAAAGGUGUUUAUUUUCGGCAUUCUGAAUGGAUCAUACAGUUCCCCCUUCUUCGUGACAUGUUUCAAAGAGCUUCUGUUCCAUUACUCCUCGCUAUUUGACAUGCUUGAUAUGAGUGCUCCACGAGAUAAUGAAGAAAGAAAGCUCUUAGAGGGUGGAAUGCUUGGGCGGGAAAUCUUAAACAUUGUAGCAUGUGAGGGUGCUGACAGGAUUGAGAGGCCAGAAACUUACCAGCAGUGGCAAGCAAGGUGCCACAAGGCUGGGUUCGAGCAGCUUCCUCUCGAUCCUGCCAUCAUGAAGUUAGUAUUAUGGAUGAAGAAAGAAUUUUACCAUGAGGACUUUGUUGCUGAUGAAGACAACGGCUGGCUGCUACAAGGGUGGAAAGGGAGAGUACUGUAUGCACUGUCCAAAUGGAAGGUUAAUGAAUCAUGUGCUGAUCAGUAA